CAGUUGGCCCAGCCGAUCGAGCCUGUGGCAAUUGUUUCCGUCCGGAUUUUAGCUCGCGGUACUGUGUUACGAAGGUUUCUAUAGAAAAUCGAGUUCGUGAUAGACCACCACUUGUGAUUUCAUGGGGUUGAUCCCGGGGGAUGUGGCUCUGCUUCUGGCCGGGAUAUGAACUGCGUAUGCAGACUCAAGCUCAAUUGUUCCUCAAUUAAAUUGCAAGUAGCAGUCUGACGAUGUGAGGAAUAAUUAAUGGGAUAAAUAAAUCCGUGACUAAACAGAAAUGUCGUAACUUCCUUAGGAAAAUGUUGACUGCCAACGUGUUGUGCCUCAAGCGAAAAAAGAAGAAGAAAGGCGAAUACAUCUUGAAUCUUCCCGGUACUAUCCUCGUUAACGAUGGAAAACAUAAAGGACAAAAAGCUGGCAACAUGCUUCACAUCACCGAGGACACUCCCGCGGACAUGUUGUCUGGGGCAAUGGACCUCAGCAUCCACUUGCCCACGGGCAAGACUGUCAAGAUGUGUGUCGAGAGAAGGACGCCUAUGAUGGAUCUUCUGGUACAGGUGACGACCAACCAUCAGCUGCAAAUCACCAACUACACCCUACAGCCGUUGCAGACGUCUUCCAGCGACAAUUAUUCGGAGAAAGUGCUGUCUUAUUACCCGAACACUCCGAUAGGCGCCCUAGAUACCCAACACAUCAAGGUCAUACCGAAAACAAGGACACUUCCGAUAACGAAGAAUGCGCUCCCGGUAACUCAACCUUUCGAGACCACCUUCAGGCUGAAGGUGCAUCUUCCGAGAAACCAACUGUACGUCACUAGGGUCAGCAAGCACGUGCACAUCGAGGAUAUCAUGAGGAAGGUGUGCGAGGAGAAGAGUCUGGACCCUAACAAGUACGAAGUGCGACAUCCUGGUAAUCUGGAUGAGAUACUAGAUCCCAAGUUGACCUUGCACGAUUACAUGAUAACGGAAAUAAAUCUGGUAGUCAAAGGAUCCAAUAGAAACUCCCAAAUCUUCACAUCGGACGACAUAAUGACGCUGAAAAAGGAGGAAGAGAGAAAAGUUACGUCGAAUAAAUCUGGUGGUGGUGUUUUCAAUUUACUAUUCAGGAGGGGGAAGUCGAACAAUACACCAACAACAACACCACCCGCCAACAAGGAACCUCCACCAUCAACCCUCCACCGAGAAGACCCUCCCACGAAACCAACGCCUCAAACGGUCGCGAAGUCAGAACCCCAAAAAGAAAAACCGAAGGUACCUCAACGGAAGCGAAGACCCGCUCCGAAACCCCCCCAACCUGUCGAAAAACCGCCUCAGGAAGAACCUGUUCAGCUGAGAAACGGUUCGGUCAUAUCAGACAGUUCGAACGUCAGCGAAAACGGAGCCAAACACGGAUCCGGCGUCACGAUAUGUCACUCCAGACACAGCAGCGACAGCUCUGGGUACCACGAGACCUCGAUCCUGAGCGAUCAGUGCAACACCUCUCUGCCGAGGAGGAACAGGAUGGGAGAGGGCGCUGAGACGAUGGGGAGGUUGAAGUUGAACAGGUACAGCGAGAGUACCGGGAAUCUGACCAAGAUGACCUCGCAGUCGAGGUCGACGUCCAGUUUGAUAUUUCCAGGUCGCAAAAAAAAGGCAGCCCCACCGCCACCGAAACCCCUGCAAACACCCUCAAGUUCCACAACGAACUUGGAAAGUCCCGUAGUUGCUAGUCAAACCCCCCUAAGCUCUUCAUCAUCGAAGACAGAUUUGUCCCUAGCUUCCCAGGGCACCCAAAAAACCACUAAUCCUCCCCCUAUACCCAGGAGAAGAAAAGGACCGGUACCGACGCCUUCGAACUCGCUGAAAAUAGACGGAGAAGACGAUAGGGAUACAACCUCAUCGCAACACGCUGAAGAAUCGUUAUACUCCUGUCCAUACCAAACGGAAGGAGGGCCUAAUACGAGAGAUACGCCGGAAAACAGCAGACCGCCCUCCAACAUGUCAACGAUAGACAUUUUAAAAUCGCUGGAAUACCUGAAUCUGGACGAUCAGGGCAACGAGAUCAAACCUCCGGAGGUGAUAGCCGUUCUGCCGAAAUCGAAGCAGGCUGAGGAAGAAACUCAUAACGAAGACCCUGCACUGAUAAAGAGACCGUUUAUAUUGAAUCUAGUCGACAAGAAUCUUGACGACGACAACGCUAGUGUAGCCACCGAAUCGCCAGUUAAAAACGAAACGACCUCCAUAAUUUCGGAUGUUUCCAGUGUGGACAUUCCCCCAAGAAAGCAAAUAUUCCACAAGGAAAUGUCUGUGUCCAGUGUUAAGAGCUCGGAGAGUGCACUGUUCGAAGAGGGACGCAUGAGAAGAUGGGGUAGUUGGGAGAAAUUGAAUUUUUCAUCCGUUACACCUUCACCAAUCCACGAAAUGCCUAGGUACUCAACGUCCGAAGAUAAUCUGGGAAAUCGAUCGAUUCCUAAUGCCAAAGAUGUUAAAAAACGAUUGUCGAAAGAAUAUUCUAGUCAAACCAUGAAAGAAAUCAAUACGAACCUCAAUGAAGAAUCUGAGGGAAGAGAAGAUGUAAAAAAUACUACUGAGGAACAAAUGAUUAUAAAGGAUCCGGUGUCAGAAUGUUUAAAACAGAUGGAUGGCAAUAAAAGAGUUGAGGAGGGUGUUUUUUCAAACACAGACGUCAGUUCAACGACCAAUCACCCACCGCAUAAAACGUUUAAUUCGGAUGGAAAAUCUUGUAAUAACUCGCAAAUUGUUUCCCCUUUAGAGGAAAAAGAAGUCUGCAUCAGUGAAAACUUAUACACGACUGAUAUAAUCAACGAAAUUAGUCUGGACGAUGUAGAACGAUAUAAGAACUACGGUAAUUCUCCAGAUUCCGGAAACUCUAGUGAGAUAAGCGAAAAAUCUAAGAUAGACGACGAACUCAACAAUCCAGAAAUACUAGAAGCUUUGGUCGCCGAAGACGAAGUCAUCGAAGAAUGGCAACUGCCGUCACCGCCAAAAGCCUUCAAGGACACGUUUCCCAAUAGUCAACUGAAAGAAACUUCUGAGACUGACUCUGUGAUAACCCCAGAACUAAUCGAGAAAUUAGAACGCAUAGAGAAGGAACAAGCGGUUCACAACGAACAGAACCGAAAAAAUAGCGUCUCGGACGAUCUAUACGCAGACAACGAACUGAUUUUGAACAAGCUAUCAUUGGAGAAUCUGGAGAAACGGAAGAGUCUGGUGUACAACCGUGAGCUAGCAACUAGUCUGAAAUUAUCGUAUGAAUCGGAAGCGCUUAAAAAAGUUGCAACCGACUCCUCCAAACCUGACUCUUCUAAAACUCUGGACAAAUCCGAUAAAACGCAAGAGGAGAUCCGACAAGCCGUGAAAAAAGAAGAAGCGACCACAGAGUCCAAACACAGCACCUUGCCCAAUUUCAAGAUCACGACGUACGAAGAACCCAAACAGAUCAAGGUCUUCGAGGACGAUACCAUCAGGAGCAACUCGGAUUUUUCAGGAAAAUCUCUCAGUUUGAACCGGGGACGAACGCUAGACAAAACCGGAUUCGGCAGGUCAAUGGAGAACAUUUCUGUGCGUAAGAACGAGUCCGACGACGUCUUCAAGAGGCCGAAAGACGCGGAACACAGAACGUUCAGGCCGAUAAGCGAGCAUUACAGGAGACCUGUCAACAGGUCUGGAUCCUUCUCGGCCGAACACAACGAGUGGAGUUCCUCAAGGCCCGUUGCUAGGUCCAAGUCACAAGUGGCGUUGAGGAGGGGAGAGAGGAAAAACGUCGGCUUCGAGUCCAGCAACAUGUCGAAGAGUAGUAGUUUGUUUGACGUCUCCGGACUUCAGAGCUUGGAGGUGAUGAAAAAGAUCCAAAAUAAAUUAAACACUCCAACUACAUCCAUGGAAACCUUGAGCAAGGCCGUCUCUGAGAAGAUUGAAGCUAAGCCCAAAGCCGCGGAAGUCCAAGAACCGCCGAAAAGAAAAUACCAAUACACUGGUCCUCCUUCCAUCAACAUGGGAACGUGGUCAGAGAGACCAAAGGUACCGGUCAGCGUUAAAGAAGAUGCAGACUACAAGUUGGGUCAGGGAACGAACAAUAGAUACCUCAACACGACUGUCCAGAACGGUUCCAGAAUCAUCGAUGUGAAAGAACAGAAAUUCGUAGGCGAAAUCGCCUCAAAACAAGCAGAAACGCAGACGGUUACCAUAACUUGUAACGGUUCAUCCGAACGUAAAGACUUCAACGUCCUCAUUAAGAUAGAAGAUCAAAACAGGAGGUUUCAAGAUCAGAAAGUCGAUUCGAUGUAUAAGACUUCCUACAGUUUGAACAGGAAUUCGCAACGACCUCAUUCUGUAGCCUUUCCUUCAGAUUUUGACAUUUCACGGGUACCAGUGGUUCGAUCUGUCGAACUCAAGAAGACUUUCAGGGAUAUCCCAGGCAAUACGUCGGUCAUCCAGUUGAAUCAGUCCAAUGAUAAUUACCAUCCUAAUAGUUUUUCGGAAAGAUAUACCACGAAUACCACCAGUAAAGACGUGUCCAAACCUGUAAUGAGAGCCAAGAGCUUUUUACAGGGAGCGCCAGUAGUCAGAGGAUUCAGAACUCUAGAUAAUAAUACCAUCAGUACCAAUAACACAGAGGUUAAAGUGGAAAACUCCAACAGGUACUCCUGGCAACCUACAACAUCUAUGACCCUGCCUUCAGCACCAAAAAAAGAUACAUUCACAACGAAUCAAAACGUGCCUUUUUCUAGAUUUAACUUGAGACGUACCGAAUCCAAAAACUCCAGAGAUGAUGACUGGGGAGUUCAGGAUCGAACUCAAACUUUACCGAGCUUUUCUAAACCUCAUUUUGAACCACAUCAAAAUGGAAAUCUUGUCAAUACUAAUUCGAAACCUGAAAUACCCAAACCGCCGCCUCAAAUGCCCAAAACUAUACAGAAGAAAAUCACCCAAAGGCAAUUUGUGCCAGUUCUUGAUCCCAGAGAUGAACUCCUCAAGUCUAUAAGGGAUUUUGGCGGCAAAAAGGGUCUGAGAAGUAGGAAAGCUUAAGGAACGCUUUGAAUCAGAACUGGUUUAAAAUUUGGGGGCGCCACACUACAACCAUGAUGAGGGGAACCUUUAAAUCAUGAUUGAACACCAAGCUCCAUUCGAGACAGAUGUGGAUCUUUGUGUUUUCAGAAUGUAAUUAAGUUUAUCGGUCAAUUAUAUCAUUUGUAUGGUUGUGAAACCAUUCGAAGACAUAUUUAUUUCUACCUGAUGAGAAUCUAGCAGUUAUUUGUGAAAAGCUCAAGAAAUGAGGUGAUUCAUAAUAAAUAUACGUACAGUUGCAACUUUGAGAUAUUAUUCGGAUAAGAUUGAUUCUUGAAGAUUUUGAUUUUUGUAUGCAUAUUCGCAUUGUCAGUAUAUUCUAUAAUAAUAGUUUAAUGUUUGUGAAUACUGCAAAUAUAGGGACCAAAGGAUAUCGGAAUAUUAUUUAUUUUUAUUUCAUCAUUGCUCAUUAUGAGAAUAUUGUAUCUCAUUGUAGAUAAAAUAAAGUCAUAUUAUGUUA